GGUGUCCGUGAACCGCAAUGAAGGGAAAGGAAUGGCUCGACCUCGCGUUCUUCUUCAUGUUCAACGUUGCAAGAGCUGGCUCUCAGUGCAUUUCGCCAUCGCCUCUGGGGCUGCAGUUGAUGAUGGAAUACGCGAAGUGGAGGUCGUUGGACCAGCUCAUCAUCUUUGACAAUCUGAUACCCAAGAAAUGCCAGCGACUGUAUGCCCGGUCAUUGAUGUCCUGCUGCAGCGAGAAAGGAAUGAAAAUCUCGAUACAUACAGCGCUUGAUGAACACCUAACAGAUAUUUUGCCACAAGUAUUUUUGAUUCGGAGGCAUCGCGUUGGGACGGUCAUUUUUACAGACGGGUUAAACCUGACAUCGCCCGACAAUAUCCUGCUGUUGGCCUCACAGAAGCAACUUUUCAAUUACUACAUCUCAUGGCUGAUAGUGGCAACAAAACGUAACGACGCCAUAAUUGACACGCUUCUUCGUGUUCUCAACAUCGGCAUCGACAGCGACCUCAUUGUUGCGACUUCACCUCUUUCUACAUCGCAGGCUUUGAAUGUGACAAAUCAGUAUCUGAAUAGGACAUGCACAGGACUUCAAAAAUACGCGAAACACUAUCGAAUGCCAAAAAUGAGGCGGAUUAAAAACCGAGAAAAUGCGACGUCCAAUCUGGAAUAUGUUGUUCAGGAAAAUAAAACCGUUUCUUUCUACUUGUGCCACGUCUACAAGAUACGAAACUCAGAGAAUUCCAGCCUCGUGAUCGACCCUCUAGGAUCGUGGAAUCCUGGCACCUACACGUUGAGGCUACCAAUAAGCGUAGAGCUGAGAAACAAUUUUCACGGUUUUCCAUUGCUCGUUGGAAUUUUGAACUCCAGCAGCGAAGUACAGCGCGAUGACGUCGACGAGGAAGAAAUGGACGAUAUCCUGCCCCUCUUGGACAUCAUGGCUUUCGUUGUCAGCGGUAUUAAUGCCAGCAUAGAGCUGGUGCCUCACGAUAAACUUGGAACCGUGGUGAACAAAGCUUGGAGUCAUCUUCUUGGCGAUGUGGUUUCUGGAGUGGUUGACAUAGGACUGGGAAACAUAAACGUGAACGACGAACGUCAGCGAGGAAUGAGCUUCACGCAUCCCAUCAUUCAGUCAAUGAGAAACAUUUACUUCCAUCCACCAGAAUCUGGUUCCAUGAGAGACAUAUUUUUACAACCUUUCAACAAUCGACUGCUAGGAUGCGUAGCUGUUACCUGUAUUCUCAUGGUGCUAGCAAUGACGGCAAUAAAUUACGCAGGGAAACUUGCUCUCAGCGAUGAAACGGAAACCCAUACUGGAUUGGGUGAAGCCGGUUUAUGGUGCAUCGGCAUCAUGUGCAUGCAAGGGUCACCAUGGAGUCCCCGAAGUCCAUCCGGAAAGAUAGCGCUUUUGAGUAGCCUGAUAUUUGCACUCGUUAUUUACAACGCGUACGCUGGUUUCAUCACGUCAAUACUGUCAGUACAAGCUGCGGGUAUCAAGUCAUUGGCGGACCUUCUCUUCAACAACUACAAACUCGGGUACAGCGGAAACGACGACGAGUACAUACGGAAUGCGAACGACAGUAAUCUGCGUGAGCUGUACAUCAAGGCUUUCAACGGACGCGAGGCUGGGGUAGACACCACUUCCGGUCUGCAAAAAGCUGCGAAAGGUGGUUACGGAUUUUUCGUGAGUGCAAGAUUGGCUCGGCGAGCUCUCCGCACGACUCUUCUUCACAAUCGAUGCUCCCUCAAGGAGCUCGUGAUUCCCCAGACCUUCACAGUCGUCGCCUUACCAAUGGCUCACACCUGUCCCUACAAGAAGAUCAUCACUCAUAGCAUAAUGCGUAUAAGCGAGGUUGGAGUGUUGAGCCGAAUAAGCGAGAGGAUGUUGCCUAGAAUGCCGCAGUGCGAGGCCCCGACAACCUUCCACAGCGCUCGUCUGGCCGACGUUUACUCAGCAUUCGUCAUCCUCGUUACCGGCGUGAUAACAGCCCUUGCUUUAGGAAUUUUCGAACGAGUUUGGAGCCAGCGAAAAUCGGUUCGUCAAAAAUUGAUCCGAGCGAUCCACGUUCAUCGGCGAGAAGGCCAAAGCCAUGGCCAAGCAAACGAGGUCGCAUCUACGUCUCGGAAGAAGCUCGACGCUCUUGUUACCGGACACGAUAACUUUGAGGAGUCGGAAAGCGAGGUGUCCCAUGAAUAUGGGCGACGUGUUUUCACCUCCAGUGCUGCUAUCGGAUCACCGAGAAUCGACUUACAAGGAACAACCGCCGUCGGGGAUUUUUCCAUCGCAGAUAGACUUCGGACUCGCGGGAUAUUCCCGACUCCGAAUAUCGUUAGACCGCCUGGUUUUUCAAGCCUUAAAAUAUUCUCACCCAGGAGACGAGGCGACGUCGCAUUUUCCCCUGUGGACAACCAGGUAGCCCCUGGUAACGGGAAUCGGGAACCCGUUAUUCCGUUCCAUUUUUUUAUCCAUUACUUAAUCAUUGUUAUCACGUUCAAUCGACUGACCUGUUCCGCCACCGCGAGACACAAACCGCAGCGAAUGCAUGCUGAUGAAAAGCGUACGUCGACAGGAGCACAAGAGGAAAGCGCAGGAAGUUUCACAGCACAGUUGAUGAAAGCACGUGAUUGGAAUUUGUCAAACAGCAACCAGAUUAAAAAUGUCAAUGUCAAUGAAGAAAGUCCUAGCCUCAGCAAAGAAGGUUAUGCAUCCGAACAGUCGAAAGUCGAUAGCAAUAACAAAAAAGACAAAAAGAAUAACAAACAGGGAAAAACUGAAACUUGGAAAUGCCAUGAAGCAGAAUUUAAUCGGUGAAAAAAUGCUGUGGAUACAGGAAAAUAUGUUGCCUGACGUCUCCCCUUAUACCCCACAACUCGCUGAUGAGUUGCUCAAGAAGUACAUGGCCCGUCACGAUAAAGAAUUGGAGCAGAUAAAUAUCAAGCAUUCGAUCGGCGGCAGAAAAAACAGGCAACACGCUAGCAGGGAGGACAUAUUACGCAUGACUAAGAAGAAUGAGGAAGCG